CCGUUUUUGGUGGCAAAAGAACUGCUAUGUUUGCGCUGGAGUCCAUCGUAGUAGAACAAGCUGGCAGAUACGAGUGUGCUUAUGGGACAAAGAGUCCAGACAGACUGGGAGACUUUCAGACUAAUAAUUCAGUCAGCAUCAGAGUCAAAGAAUCCCAAAUUUUGCUUAUUCUUCAAGUACAGAAUCUAACUGAGGGAGUGGAGGUGACCUUUAUCUGCUCACUUCCUAAAGACUCCAAGAUAAAGAGCAGCUCAGGAGGUUCUUUUGAACUUCAUAGGGAUGGAGAGUUGCUGUCCUUACAGUCCGCUGAUACCUCACCAGAGGUCACAUUCAGGAUUCCGCACACCAGUGAGAACAACAAUGGGAGUUACGUGUGUGUGUUCAGGAUGGGAGAUGUUUACAGAGUUAAGAGUCCACCGGUGAGACUCCAGCACAAAGAGACGUAUUUUCUACCUAAUGUCAUCCGACUGAUUUUAUCUGCAAUGGUGGGUUUAGUACUUCUCUUUUUGUUGUGCGAUGCCUGUGGCAACAAAAGAUAAGAAGACAAAGGAGCAGAAAUUGAACUGU